CAGCAAAUGCCGACUUUUCUCGUGAAGACGCGAAGACACCUAUCACUAGCGUGAUAAUGUGCGACUAUUGUUCCUGGAUCAGGCAACUCUUGGAGAGGAUCGAUGCCGAUGCGCAGGAAAGAGAGAGAAAGAAAUCGUUACCGCGAGUAGACCUAGUUAUCGUUGUUCACGGAAGCAUCGGGAAAAUCCCGCGAUACGCGCAGAAAUUUAUGCUCAAGGAGGUUAAACUAAUUCUUGUAAACGCCCGCGGUGAAAGCGACCUGAUCAAAGGGCGCUCUUCGGUGGAUGCGGUCGAGCGCGCGACUUGCCACAUGGAGAGCAAGAAAUACUUCAACUGCGCCUACGGAGGAUUGUUGGAUGCCAACAAAGAGGUCGUGAUGGACGCCGCGAUGAUGACAGAUGGUCUUCGCGCGGGUUGCGUGGGCGCAGUUCGGAACAUAGAACACCCCAUAACGUUGGCCAAAAAAGUGCUACAACAAACGGAACACGUACUGAUAGUCGAGAACGGAGCGCAAAAGCUCGUCUUGGAGUCGGGUAUUCCCACUUUACCGUCGGGUUGGCUGGUAGACACAUCAAAUUCUUGGACGUUGUUAGAGGAAGAAAAUGACGGUAAAAUUCAAACUAAUGGGAAUUAGGAACGAGAUCGAUUUUUAAGAUAUUGAUUGUGAUUGAUGCCUAACGAUAAGAAGCGAGAUACGGAAAAGACACGAGACAAGGAUGAACCGUGUACCAUGAAAGAGUGUAUACCGGGAUGUAUGUUCGAGAAAUGAAAGCAAAACGCUAACUCGAUGAUUGUGUCCACCACGUCGAAGGCUCUGGAAACUGAGCCUGAUUUUCUACAGGUUGAUUAGUUUCACGCGCACACAGAUUAAGUUAUAUUUAAAGUAUAAAUAAUUUAUAUAAUAUAGAUAAUUUCACUAGCAUAAAUAAAUUUUAUCAGGUCGGCGCGGUUGGAGUCGUGGCGUGCGAUCGAAAGAAACGACUCGCUAGCGGCACUUCGACGGCUGG